CUCCUCCGUUCCACGCCGCCCCCUCCUCCCACCUAGGGUUCCACCAGAGAGCAAAAGGGGAUCGGGGGUCAGUUAUGCGCCACCGCCUGCCGUGCGCCCAUCUUCCCCCUCUCGCCGCCGCAAUCGCCGUCGGAUGCCUCGAAUGAGGAUCCAGAGCUGCUUGCGAACAGGCGACCAAAUAAGCAGCUCCCCCUUUGGGAGCCGCAGUACCCAAUCGAAGCAGCAAGAGCAGCAGCUCUUUUGGGAGCGGCGAUCCGCAAUCAAGCAGCUCUGCAGCCGGCAAUCCAAGCAAUCAAGCGGCUCCUCCCCGAGCCGCAGUCGGAAAUCGAAGCAAUCAAGCGGCUCCUCUCUGAGCCGCAGUCGGAAAUCGAAGCGGCUCCCCUUUUUAGUGGCUAAUCCGGAAUCAAAGCAGUCCUUUCUUUCGAAUUCAGUCUCCGAGUCUCCAUUGGUGGCGAGGACCUAGAGGCUAUAUAUGUAAAUAUCUGGCCUGGUGGACAGCCUAGACAUCAGUACCCGCCAAUUUCAAGAGGAGACGAGCAACAACUCCCUAAACAUCAGUUUUCGGAGUGACCAGCAACUCGGGCGAUGGCCAAGUCUUGUCGUCGGCGACGGGCUGCCAAAUUGAAUGCUAAGAAGGGUAAGAAAGUUGAUAGGCUCAGCGCACUGCAAGAACCAACAUCCUCUCGAGACGGUGGACUCAGCUCUGCGCCAAGCUGUCUCGGCUUAUAAUAAGCGCUCUGGAUUUCCUGCCAAAGGGUGUGUCGUGCACCGGCAUAUCUGACGAUAAAUUGGUCCGCAUCAAUGCAGCUGUGUUUCAAGCGACAGAUAGCAUAUUGACACGCAGAAAUCCUGGAGAGCACACGAUCCGCCUUCUGUCCACAACGUUCUACUUGAGAGAUGAUGUCCCCAUAUCCAUUGGGCGUGCUGUUGGCCAUGCCAUGGCGGCACACUUGGUCGAGAGUGCCAAAUUCAGUGUUAUGACAGGGAAGUAUGAGAUCAGUGACAUGGCUGAGAAUGAUCUGAUCACCUUUGCGACAAAUUUCAUGUUGUUCUUUGAUGCCUGUCCAAGUGCAUUUGGUGGUCUCACUACCCUCGACCUAGAGAAUUUGAGAUUUGGUGAAUCAGACAUAUCCAACGUCCUCAUCACUUGCAAGUGCUUGAGGCAUCUGCGUUUGUACAAUUGUGACUCUGGUGUUUGCAGCACGCUGCAAGUUGAACACGCUCGUCUCAGGGAGCUUAGUAUAGUCCAAUGUAUGGUUGAACGAGUUGAACUGAAGUGGCUCCCUCAACUCACAACGAUGGUCUUUGAAGGUUGGCCACAAUUCCAAGAUCCACUGUUCAUUGGUCAUGUCCCAUUGCUGGAGGUUGUAAGCCUCACAAAUCUUGCCCUUCGUUAUGACAAGACGGUGUUCUUAAGUGAGUUUCUUAGCGGUACCUCUAUACGAGAUCCGAAGUUGGCAUUUAAUUCUGAAAAGAUUUGGGUGCAGCCAGAAUUUCCGACGCCAUGUCUAGCAUCUGUUUUCAGCCAACUAAGGUUUGUGAAUUUACUUCAUCUUCCUGAAGGGCAUGAUCUCACUUGGACAAUGUAUAUUCUUGAAGCUGCACCCUUACUGAAGGAGCUAUACAUGAUGGUAUGGGAUCAUGCGUGCAAUAUGGAAAUAGAUGAGACGAAGAGGAAAGAAGAAGCAUAUAGUGAGGACAAGGGUGUAGAGUGGGACUUGGUCGCAGCAGAUUUCCAACACCACAGUUUGGUCACACUUGUCAUUUUUGGCUUUGAAUCUGAAGAUUGCUUUGUGAGUUAUGUGAGGCGUGUUCUGGUGGCGGCCGUCAAUCUAGAGGAUGUCUUCCUGUAUAGUGGGUUGAAGUGUGGCAGUUGCCCGGACAAGAAGAAGCUUGUCAGGUACCCCUGGACUGAAUGGCAGAGGAUCUCCCUGAAUGAGAGACUCAACGCUGGGAUCGAGUCGGUUGCCAUAUUGCACUAUGGUGAAAUGUGGCCUGGUCAUCUAGCAAAAAUGGAGCACCCAAAGUGCUCAAUGCUCAAGGCAAAAAAGGGUUUUGCUGCGUGAGGCUAAAAGGUGCUGAUUUUACAGUAGUCGAAGUGUUGUUAUCUUUGGUUGAGAGCUUGUUUCAGUAUUUUUUUUGUACCUCUAAAAUGGUACUACUACGUAUGGAGGAUAGUAUAGACUUGUUGCUAUGUUGGUUAUGGUCUAAAAUUAACCAGAAAUUUGAUGUUA